AUGUCUGGGAUCACUGGGAAUUUGGAUUGCGAGGAGUGUUCACCCUCUGCACAUGUGCCCAACAGCACGGAGUCACAUCUGCACUCCACUGUGGAUGAGGACGAUGAACUUCUGAGAUACAUCUGGAGAGAGUAUUUGCACCCCAAGCAGUAUGAGUGGGUUCUUAUUGUGGCUUACAUUAUUGUGUUCUUCGUUUCACUCAUUGGAAACUCGCUCGUUUGUUUUGCAGUGUGGAAAAACCGCCACAUGCGUACUGUGACCAACUACUUCAUAGUGAAUCUCUCCUUUGCUGAUGUCUUGGUCACCAUCAUCUGCCUGCCUGCGAGUCUUGUGGUAGACAUAACAGAGACGUGGUUCUUUGGAAAGACUCUUUGCAAAGUUGUGCCUUAUCUCCAGACCAUAUCUGUUUCUGUAUCAGUCCUAACACUGAGUUGCAUUGCCCAAGACCGAUGGUAUGCUAUCUGCCACCCACUAAAGUUCAAGAGCACAGCCAAGAGGGCUCGCAAGAGUAUUGUUGUCAUUUGGGUUGUGUCGUGUAUCAUCAUGAUCCCUCAGGCCAUUGUGAUGGAGUGCAGCAGGCUGCUGCCUGAACUUACAAACAAGACCAGCCUGUUCACAGUGUGUGAUGAACAUUGGGGAGCUGAGAUCUACCCCAAGGUGUAUCACAUCUGUUUCUUUAUUGUCACAUACUUUGCACCCUUAUGUCUGAUGGUCCUGGCAUACAUUCAGAUAUGUCACAAGCUGUGGUGUCAACAGAUUCCUGGAAGCACAUCAGUGUUGCAGAGGAAGUGGAGGUCAAUUAAGUGCUCAGCUCGGACUCCAGGACUGGGAGAGUCUGUGAGGGUCAGGACCAGCACAGUUUGUGCUGAGAUCAAACAGGUCCGAGCCAGGCGCAAGACAGCUCGCAUGCUGAUGGUGGUGCUCUUUGUUUUUGCUCUGUGCUACCUGCCAAUCAGCGUGCUCAAUGUCAUGAAAAGGGUCUUUGGUGCUUUCAAGAAGACAAAUGACAGAGAGACAGUGUAUGCAUGGUUUACUUUCUCACACUGGCUAAUAUAUGCAAACAGUGCAGCAAAUCCCAUCAUCUACAAUUUCCUCAGUGGUAAGUUUCGUGAGGAAUUCAAAGCAGCCUUUUCUUGCCAUUGUUAUGGUCAAGGCCAAAAUCGGACAAGGAAGAUAAGGACCAGAGCUAGCACAGAGAGCCGAAAAUCCCUUUCAACUCAAGUUAACAAUAUGGACAAUGUAUCACGCAUAUCAGAUCAGAUAGUGUAG